CAAGCUCAGCUCUAGAAAAUGGCGGGGAAGAUGGAGCCCUUGAGCAUGGAGUCGCCGGACACUGUGGAGGAGACUGGAGGGCAGCACAAGUCUUUGAAGAAGACUGAAGAUUUGCUGGCAAUGGUGAAAAAGCUACAGAAAGAAGGAAGCCUGGAGCCACAGAUUGAGGAGCUGAUUAACCGGAUUAAUGAGCUUCAGCAAGCAAAGGAGGAAUCCGGUGAGAAACUGGGAGAGGACCAAGCUCUCUGGGAGGCUCUGCACAGAGAAUUAGACUCCUUGAAUGAAGAAAAAGUGCACCUGGAGGAGGUCUUGAGAAAAAAGCAAGAGGCACUGAGGAUCCUCCAGCUGUAUUGCCAAAAGAAGCAAAGUGAGGCUCACAAGUUGGAUGUUGAAGAACAGCUGGAGGAUCUGAUGGGCCAGCACAAGAACCUCUGGGAAUUCCACAUGCUGGGGCGGAGACUGGCCCGGGAGAUCCGCACGCUGGAGAUGAGCAAGGAGCAGCUGCUCAGUGAUAGGAAGCUGGUGCGGGCCAAGCUGCAGGAGGUGGAGCUGCGGCUGCGCUCGGCGCCCGAGGUCGGCGGCACCCGGGCGGCGGGCGACGGGCUGAAGGAAGAACUGGAGAAAUUCGGGGAUCAAGUCCCCACCCAAACCCAGAGUGCCCCACAGGCCGGGGCCAGCAUAGGAGAGGCCGGCCGCGAGCUCCCCGGCGGCCGCGACGAGGAGGACUUGGAGCCGCCGGUGGAGCUGGUCCUGACGGCCCCCUAAGUCAAUAGGACACACCCCGUCCCGACCUUCCUUCAAGGCCUGUCAAGAAAUAAAGGCAUUGAUUUCA